AUGCCGCUCCGCCCCCGCGCCGGCUCCCCGCUUCGCGCGUCACUCCGCCCUCGCGCAAACGGCUCCGGCCUCUCCAGCAUCCGCCUCGCUGGCUCCGGGCCCCCGCGCGCCUGCAAGAUCGCCGCCCCGCGCUGGCCAGCUCGCGCGCGGGCCUGCUCCGCCCGCCCUCCGCGCCGGCUUCCCACGCCCGGCCGCGCCCCGUUCUCCUCCACAGUCGCGCCUGCCUGCCGGCUUGCUGCUCCAGCGGGAGGCCGACUGCUCGUUCCGGUCCGGCUCCCCAGCACCUGCCGGCUCGACGCCUACACCCGCGGGGCCGGGUCCAGCUCCCUCCGCGCCGCGCCGGAUCCAGCUGCCCCUGUGCGCCCGCGGCUCCGCCCGGCCGCCUCGCUUCGCCCCUGGCCAGUUUCGACCGCGCCGCACCGACUCCGCCCGCCAGCGCGUCCGCGGGCCAGCGUCCGCCCUGCCCGCGCGGUUGCGUGCCCUAGCCGCCCUGCUUUGCCUCAGCCCCCGUGCGGGCUGGCUCCGACCACGCCGCGCCGGCUACGGCCCUGUCCCGGCCUCCCGCGCCGACUGCCGGGUCGCGGUGCUUCGGCCGGCCGCCCCGCGCCGCCUUGGCCAGCUCUCGCCGCCUUGGCCGACUCGCUGCUCCAGCCGACGUCCCCGCGUGCGGCCGGCUUGCCGCUCCAGCCGGCGUCCGCGUGCCCGUCCACCUCGCGCCGACUGGCGCCCUCGCAGGGCUGGCUGCCCAAGAAGAGAAAGAGGAAAUAG